AUGACGUCAUCAGCGAUCUCCAAGUGUGCCAGUGACGUCAGCGGCCCUCUACUGCGCGCCAAGCUGCUCCCCUGGGCUGUCGCCGCCUUUUGUUCCGCCACCUCCCGCGCGUUCUCCACCGCCAGCAGCAGCGCCGGGCGUUGCGCGCAAGCUGGGGGCGGGGGGGCAGGAGCCGCGGAGGGAUCCGGCGGAGGGGGGGACCUCGCGGCGAUCAAGGAGCUCCGCGCGCGCGCUGGCGCGCCGUUGAAGGACGUCAAGACGCGGGUGGCAUCGGAGGGGCUGGUGGGCGUGGCGUUGCGGUGGGGCGUGGGAGCGGCGGUGGAGGUGAACAGUGAGACGGACUUCGUUGCACGCAGCGACCUCUUUCAGAUGCUUGUCUCUAAGGCAGCAGCUGCAGCAUUGAACGUUUUCCCCGCCUCCUCCUCUCCCCCCGCCUCCUCCUAUCGCCCUUUUCCUCUCCCUCUAGCGAGCCUUGAGCAAGCCACAGUGUGGUUUGACCACCCAAAACUGUCGGGAAGCCGCCAGCUGGCAGAGGCGGUGGCUGAGGUGGCAGCGCUGACAGGGGAGAACGUGCGCCUGCGGCGAGCCUUCCGGCUUACCGCGCCUCAGCCGUUUGGCACGGUGACCGUGGCCACGCACCAGCGCGGCAGCCCCGGAUUUGGCUUGGGGCGGGUAGCUGGUCUUUUCUCACUCUCACAUUAUGAGCCGCCUGACGCCAGCAGCAGCAGCUGGGGAGGGUGCAGAGUGCCAGCACAAGCAGUGGUAGAUGCUGCUUUUGAGGUCGCAGGAGGACUGGCAAUGCACGUGUGUGUAAUGAAGCCGCUGUACUUGAGGCGGGAGGACGUGCCUGGGGAGGUCGUGGAGAGGGAGAGUGACGUGCUGCGAGCUCAGGCGGUGGCAGCGGGCAAGGCAGGGAGCGUGGUGGAGAAGAUGGUGGCGGGGCGGCUGUGCAAGUUUUACGAGGAGAUGGUGCUGCUGGAGCAGCCGCAUGCCAUGAACGAGAAGUGGACCGUGCAGGUGAGCGUCGAGAUGCCCCGUGCCCUUCUCCGCUGA